AAAACUUGGAUUUGUGAUUUUAGGACGUUUUUGCGUAAAAUUAAUAACAAAAAGUUUCUCAGGGACUUGCUUUUAGGCUGUAAACAUGUAUUUUUUAAGUUUUAAGUGUUACUUAUUUGAGUCACAUUUUUUAGGAGAUCGUGUGAAAAACGUCGAAAAAUGACUAUCAGUCGAACAGCAUCCGGUGAAGAAGAUCCGCGCAAGUUCGCCGAAGAAAGGCGCUUAGUCCUCCUCCUAGGAUCAACCAGUAUUUUAUUCCUGAUUUGUGUAACUCCAAUGGUAAUUCUCAAUGUCACAUUGUCGGAAGUGAAUUUAAUGAAAUAUCCUUAUCAGGUAUUUCGAGCAAUUGCCAAUCUUCUCGAGGUAACGAACUACUCUAUCACAUUUUAUAUCUACAUCUCCUUUUCGGAAGAUUUUCGAAGCACCUUCUUGAGAACGCUCAACUGCAACAGUGCGACGCCCCUCAAAGGAAUGAAAACAACACCAGCAACAACAACAACCGUUACGCAAAGAAGCGUUUGAAAUAAAUGUUAAAUGAGU